UGGACCGACCCGUUUACCUAUUGUCAAUUGAUUUCUCCCCCAAUUUCACUUUACUCCACCCGGCGGCGAAAUUGUUCUCUCAAUCUCUCUCUUCGCUGAACUCCGGUGAAUCUAUUCAGUCUUUCCGGCGAAAUUCAAAGUACCUCUUGUUCCCGCCGAGACGAAUAAUCUAGAAAAUGCACAGAGACUGUUCGAAGCUGCUGCUCCUCUUCUCUAUGUUAACUUCUAUGCUUCCAUCAUACACCUUUCAAGUAAGUUUUCAUUACGUGGCUCGGACUUUUCAAAAAUAUCGAUCAGGUAUGUGUCGGAUACUUCAGAAGUAGUACAUUUUUGUAGUUAAUGGAUACUAGUAAUAGUUCUCGUUGUGCUAAUUACGGCAAAUUACUACUAUAUAGAAAUGUGAAGCAAGGACGAUUGAAAUUUCAUCAUUCUCACUCCGGAUCUCCAUUUUGACCCACGGUCUAGAAACAUCCGUCAAGUCUAGAAACAUCAGCCUUUGAGAAUAUUUUUAACUAUCUUCAUCUUCUUCUCUAUGUUACAUUAAGGGUUUUCUGGGAAAGCAGGAGACUGGUCCUGAUGGGUCUGUCAAUUUGAUGGUCUGACAUUAUACUGACUCUGAUAAAUUUGGGGAAUGGAAAAGCUGUCAUUUGGAGAAAUGACCAUCUUAGUUUUGUUGGAACAACUGAUGCUGCAUUUUGGUUGCACAAACAGGCUGGUAAGGAGAGUGCCAAUAGCUUGUCAGGAUCAAUAGUGCCAUGUCAGUGCUGAGGUCAAUAUUGCCAUGUCACAGAGGCAGAUUAUUAUUGGCCUUCAAAGGUUGGCAUUCCACAAAAUCUCUGUCAUUCUCCUCUUUCUGGUGCAAGUUUUACUCAAUUGGAAGUUACAAUGAGGUAUUAUCAAAUGGUGUUGCAAGCAAGAAAAAAGAGUUAGAUUUUGAGCGUUUAUUCCACUCCUGUACCGAAAUCUACAUUUUGAAGUGCCUUCAUGCCCUUCUCAUUGUAUCAGGGAAGGCUCAGAGUAUCUUUAUUGGCACUAGACUUGUGAAUCUUUAUGCUCACUUGGGUAACGUUUCUUUGUCACAGAAGACUUUCUGCAUGAUACAGAAUAAAGAUGCUUAUACCUGGAAUUCUAUGAUAUCAUCUUAUGUUCGUAAUGGCCAUUUCCGUGAAUCCCUGAAUUGUUUGAAUGAAAUGUUGUCCACAGCUGAUGUUAAGCCUGACUUUUACACUUUUCCUCCAGUGUUGAAAGCUUGUGAUAGUAUAAUCAAUGGUGUAAGGAUACACUGCUGGGCUUCAAAACUUGGGUUAGAGUGGGAUGUGUUUGUAGCUGCCUCCUUGGUGCAUAUGUAUUGCCGUUUCCAAUCUUCUGGUGUUGCCUUUAGAAUUUUUAAGGACAUGCCUUAUCGGGAUAUGGGUUGUUGGAAUGCUAUGAUAUCUGGGUUUUGUCAGAAUGGAAAUGCUAUGGAGGCAUUGAGCUUGUUAGAUGAGAUGAGAUUAGAGGGCAUAAAAAUGGAUACAGUGACUAUUGCAGUCGUACUUCCUAUAUGUGCACAGCUUGGUGAUAUUGUGCAUGGAAUGUCAAUUCACUUGUAUGUUAUAAAGCAUGGCCUAGAAUUAGAUGUCUUUGUAUCAAAUGCCUUAAUAAACAUGUAUGCCAGAUUUGGUGAGUUGAGACAUGCACAAAAAGUAUUUGAUGAUAUGAUGGUAGUAAGGGAUUUAGUAUCAUGGAACUCUUUAAUUGCUGCAUACGAGCAGAAUAAUGUUCCCGAAAAAGCACUGAAGUACUUUCAAGAGAUGAUGAUAAAUGGGAUUCAGCCUGACUUGUUGACAUUGGUGAGCUUAGCUUCUAGUAUAGCUCAAACCAAAAGUUUUCGUUGCUGCAGAUCGAUUCAUGGAUUUGUAUUAAGAAGAUAUUGGAUUCAGGAAGAUGUUAUUAUGGGUAAUGCUGUUGUGGAUAUGUAUGCAAAAUUGGGUCUUAUCCAUUGUAGUCGUAAGGUUUUUGAUGAGAUCCCUACUAAGGAUGUAGUGUCAUGGAACUCAAUGAUCACAGGUUAUGCUCAAAAUGGACUUGCAAGUGAGGCUAUUGAAAUUUACAACAUGAUGAAAGAAUGUGAUGACAUCGCACCAAACCAAGGAACUUGGGUGAGCAUUUUGCCAGCUUAUGCUCAUCUAGGGGCAUUGCACGAAGGAACAAGGGCUCAUGGGCAUGUUUUCAAAGUAGCUCUUAAUUUGGAUGUCUUUGUUGGUACCUCCCUCAUUGACCUUUAUGGAAAAUGCGGAAGACUGGAUGAAGCCAUGUCUUUAUUUCAUGAGGUGCCUAGGAUGAGUUCAGUCCCUUGGAAUGCCUUAAUAUCAUGUCAUGGUAUUCAUGGAAACGGUAGGGUUUCUCUGAAACUGUUCAAUGAUAUGCUGAAUGAAGGUGUUAAACCAGAUCAAGUAACAUUUUUAUCUCUAUUGGCUGCUUGUAGCCAUUCAGGCUUAGUUGAUGAGGGUAAAACUUACUUUCAUAUGAUGGAGCAAGAUUUUGGUAUUAAACCAGUUCUAAAGCACUAUGGCUGCAUGGUUGAUCUGCUUGCCAGGGCUGGGGGCCUAGAAGCGGCGUACCAUUUUAUAGAAAACAUGCCUUUGCAGCCCGAUGCUUCAGUUUGGGGUGCUCUUCUUGGUGCAUGUAGAGUACAUAGAAAUGUUGAGCUGGGUAAAUUGGCUUCAGAUAAUUUGUUUGACGUCGAUCCAGAGAAUGUUGGGUACUAUGUAGUGCUGUCCAACAUCUAUGCUAAUUAUGGGAAAUGGGAGGGGGUGAAUGAAGUGAGAUCAUUGGCUAGAGACAGGGGGUUGAAGAAGACUCCUGGAUGGAGCUCAAUUGAACUAAGUAAUAAGAUUGAAGUCUUUUAUACAGGAAAUCAGUCUCAUCCACAAUGCCAUGAGAUAUAUGAGGAAUUAGGUAUUUUAACUGCUAAGAUCAAGACCUUAGGUUAUACUCCAGAUUAUACCUUUGUAUUGCAAGAUGUUGAGGAUGACGAGAAGGAACAAAUCCUUGCCAGUCAUAGUGAGAGGUUGGCUAUUGCUUAUGGAAUUCUAAAUUCUCCUCCUAAAAGUCCUUUACGGAUCUAUAAAAACUUGCGGGUUUGUGGCGACUGCCACAAUGUAACUAAACUAAUUUCUAAGAUUACAGAGAGAGAGAUUAUUGUUAGGGACUCCAAUCGCUUUCAUCACUUCAAGAAUGGUGUUUGUUCAUGUGGGGAUUACUGGUAACACACGCCCGUAGUUCUGCUGAGAAAUUUAAACCUUUAAGGUUGACAUCAUUAUGCUGUAGGUACUGGAAGAAAUGUAGUUUUGUUCUUCUCAAGCUGUUGUACUGUCCUGUGAAUGAUGAAUCCCCACACUCGUUCUUUCUGCUGAAUUUGCUCUUCCUUAUUCGUGGUCUGAAAACAAAGAAAGGUCUUUCAAAUUUAAACUCGAUAUUGGUUCAUUAUCAAACUCAUUGAUUAUAGUUGAGAGCUAGUCAAUGUGCAAAAAGAAAUUAGGAUUUGGCUAAAAAAGAAGCAGGGCUAUGGAUACCAUGACCGGGUCACCAUCGAUAAAGAAGAAUCUUUCUAAAUCACUUCAUAUCAGUGGGGCCUUCAAGCAUCCGAAAUACGCCGGGAAUUCCAUGACCGAUCACCAUCGAUGAAGAAGAAUCUUUUUAAAUAAUUUCGUGUCAGCGGGGCCUUCAAGCAUCCGAAAUAUGCUGGGAAUGGAACAGAGAUUUUAUGAAGACUUGACAAAGGUAUAUGUGUAUAUCAGUCUCUUGGUUGUUCUGGACCAACUCAAACAAUGCUUAUGUUCAUUUUACCAGUCUGAAGAUGAGAGGACAGUUAUUGAAUUUGCUCGUAAGAAUUUUGUGACGGGUUACUGAGUGUGAAGAAGCUCUGUGUUCUCUGAAACCAUUCAUUGACUUUGUGUAUGUGUCACGAGACUUUUGAUAUUAGCUUAGAUAUUUUAUUGUGACAAACUUACUUUUAUCUUUCAAUUGAACAUCCUGCUAUUUUGUCAGGAUGUCAGUUUGAUUAGGCUGGUUUUCUCACAUGAAGGGAGGAACAUAUGCAGUUGUGGAUUUCUACUUUACUAGAUCAUGAGAGUGCACUAAACUUUAUUGCUUGUGAUUUUGCCUUCGUGUU